AUGAUCAUUCUCCAAUUUCCCGCGAUAGGUGUUGGCAAAGUCAACCCAUCAGCGUCACUCCUCCAUGACCCGUUUCAUUUCGCCCUUGAUAAUUCACAGACAGGGUAUCAUCCGAUAUACAACUCUUCUGCUACUCCUUACGCGGACUCCGGGCCACCACAUUUGCAUCCUCCUCGAUACCUUUCCGCGUUCCCUCCUCCCAUCGUGUCCGUUGACGGGAUAUCUACUUUGACACCAGAGGCAGAAGAUAUUCAGCCUCUUCAAAUUGGAGAGCCACCGCUGCACCUCGACGAGCCACUACCUCUUGGAGAUUCGUUCACCGUCAGUGAGCCUUCGCCUCCCGUUCCUGGUCCAUCUGGAUCACGCAGUCGCCAACCGCCGGUAAAAGGGUUAGAUGUUAGAAUUUGGCCCUAUCCGCAUGCCCGAUCAAAGCUGAGGGGCCUCACUAGCACUAUGGGCUCUUCGGGUGUUGCCCCGCCCAUGGUGCUCCCACGGACAUCUGCCAUCGCGCCUUUACAAUACAGCGACAAGAUCCGAGUCCACCGAAGAAUUUUCGAAGAGGCGCGUGUAACGCUCAUUCGAUCGGCACUCGUAGACUGUCCCUUCUUGACCGUUCUUCUCAACGCGAUUCUGAAACUCGGCUAUGUGCCUUUCGUCACAGAACUCGACAGCUUGAACUCCCAUCAAGCCGAACUGCGGAGUCUUCUAAGAAUCCCCCCGAGUGCCAACAAGGAAUCCCCCAGCUGCUUUGCAUACCCAUCCUUCAUUGCAUGUGCUCAAAAGCAAUCACCUCUCUUUCCAAAGCUACGAUCCCUCGCAUGGCAUGAUUCUUCUCUCACCUGUAUCCCAGUCCUCAAACUCCUCUUACCCACAGUUGAGAUCCCCUCCCUCGACAUCUCAUCUUCAUUUCGCAAAGCCAUCAUCCCUGCACUCCCUACCUUCGCCCCUCGCCUCAAAGCUCUUGAGAUCAAGGGCAGCCUCUUCAUGACUGACAAAAUCCCUCCGAAAUUGAAUCCCUCCUCAUCAUUGCAUCAUGUCCCGAGCACCAUCCUCAAUGUCAUUGCACUCUGGCCAUCUCUCCGAUCCCUCACUUUAAAGCUAGGUAUCGACAGCAUCCCUACCCUACCUCUCCACAUCCCUCAGCCCUUUUCCGCACUCACUCACCUGUACAUCUCAUGCGAUGACAAUCUGGACCUUUUCACAUCUUUCUUACGCACCUUCCAAAUCCUCAAUUUCGGUUCCUCCAAUAAUCCUUCCAUCACAUUCUGCAACCUCAAAACAAUUCAGUUCAAUGCAGAAGGCCAGAGUUCCGCUAACACCUGGUCCCAAUUCCUCACUUCUCUCGCCGAUACAAACACGAAACUAGAGCACAUAUUUAUAACCGAGUCAUGCUAUUUUCAAUCCAUCCCACCCUCCUCUUUCGAAUUUCGCCCCCUACUCGCCCACCCGAAUCUUGCACGCCUCAGUACCCUCAUACUUUCUCCCAGCCGUACAACCUCCAUCGUACUCACCGACGUCGACAUCCUCAUGCUCGCUCGUAUAUGUCCUCAUCUCCACAUUCUUGACUUGGGGCUGCGUAAUACCCCCGUGUCCCUGCAUGCUUUGAAUAUCAUCGUCAGGCGUUGUCGUGAGUUGCGCGAGGUCUCGCUCUGCAUGGACGUGCGGGUCGAUGCGCUCAGAAAUAGAGAUAACGAAAAUACUGACAACGACAAAGUAGGUCUACAACCUAACGAUGGCUUGAUCAAACUGGAAGUCGGGGACUCGCUCCAGCCUAUCGCAUGCCCCACAGUGCGCCCUAUGCCCUCAUCACCAGAGCUGACAGAUACCGAGGCAGCAACGAAGACGAACGCCAACUCGAACUCUAAUACGACCGGGCGUAUUGUCAAGUGCCGUCGACCUCUGACGAACAUGCACUAUUAUCAUGUUCUCGAUAUGUCCCUUGCUCCCGACGAUCGUCCCUCUGAACCUCUCCUUCAGCUUCUCCCAACGUCCGACUCCCAGCGGGACCUCCGCAUCACCACCCGCAACCUCUACUUCCGGACUUGGGACUCUCCCCCUUUGCCCUCGCCCCAAAUGCACUUGUCCAUGUGGCGUUUCAGGACGCUGGAUAAAUCGAGCAUGCCGCUAACAUAUUUUUAG